GCUGCGUGCGGCGCCGCGGAAAAGAGACGUUUUCCAGCUCAAAAAUUUCCGCUCUGAUCGCCUCAAACGACGCACCGAGGCUCCGGGAACACCUGCACGGACCUCCAGGAAUCAUAGCGGACGCGUUACCGUCGCUGUGAGGAUACAGAAAAGGAGGAUUGUGGGUUUUAUCGCCAUCGCUGAUCUUAUUUUAACCGUGUGUGGAGCACGGACACCGAGCGAGCUGAGAGAGAGCAUCAGAUCCGCCCAGCAGAGAUGGCGAAGGCAGACCAGCGUUUUGGCCAGCGGGAUGGCUCUGAUCAGAACUUUGACUACAUGUUUAAGCUGCUGAUCAUCGGGAACAGCAGCGUCGGAAAAACCUCCUUCCUGUUCCGCUACGCCGACGACUCCUUCAGCAACUCCUUCGUCAGCACGGUGGGCAUCGACUUCAAGGUGAAGACCGUCUACCGCAACGACAAGAGGAUCAAGCUACAGAUCUGGGACACGGCAGGCCAGGAGCGUUACCGCACCAUCACCACGGCCUACUACCGCGGCGCCAUGGGCUUCAUCCUCAUGUAUGACAUCACCAACGAGGAGUCUUUCAACGCCGUCCAGGACUGGGCCACGCAGAUUAAGACGUAUUCGUGGGACAACGCCCAGGUAAUCAUGGUCGGCAACAAGUGUGACAUGGACGAGGAGAGAGUCGUUCCUCCAGAGAAAGGGAAACACCUGGCAGACCAGUUAGGCUUCGAAUACUACGAGGCUAGCGCCAAGGAGAACAUCAAUGUGCGGCAGGUGUUUGAGCGCCUGGUGGACAUCAUCUGCGUGAAGAUGUCGGAGCGUGUGGACGUGGAAGCGCCGGCGGCCCCUGGCACCAAGACCACCAGACUGACCGACAAGCCCGCCCAGCUACCUCAGAAGUGCUGCUGAUCAUCCGCCGCCAUUCCUUCUGCUGCUGUUGACUCGUCUGCUCCUAAAAGCUCUCAAGAAAAAGAAAAAAAAAAAAGGAUAAAUUAUCGUAACAUUCCUCGACUCUCCUUCUCUGCUUCGGUCCAUGUUUGUGAGUGGUCAAUAAUCACUGCGCCUGCUGAGAUUCAACCGUUUUAUUCCCUUUCUGUCCCCUAGUAUCGAAGAUUUACUUGUAUAUAAAUGGAGAGGCAAUGAUGGCACUUUACGCCAGACAGAAUUUAAUUUGGCAUCAUGUAGAGCCACUCAAGGCUGUUUGCUGACUGGUGUUAUUUACUACUAAAAGUCCAAUCAACACCAUGAAGAAGCUCUGUGGAGUUAGACUGAAAUAAUCUUUGUUUUGUUGAAGUAUUAAUCUACAUGAAAAAGAAGGGAAGUUUCCAUUGGCUGAUAAAAUGUUUUGGUUUGUUUACAGCGUGUCCUAACUGCACAUGACAUGUGCUGCCAUCAGCUAAAAUUCUCAGCACUGAUUCCAUUUGUAGUGUCCUGACAGUCUGUAGGCCGU